AUGGGGCGGGAAUUGGAGAGCUUGAAUCCCUAUCCUGUGGAGAUCUUGCCAGGCAAGCAUUAUAUUGGUGAAUACAGGCAGGCCACAAACCUGCUAAUCCUUAAAGAUCUAAAGCUGAAUGCACUUGUCAAUAUUCAGCAGUGCAAAGCCAACACGAGGCCAAAUCGAGGAUUUGUACAGCAACUUUCUGACUGGGAACUUCAGACUCUUGGGAAGAGAGUGACAGAUAUAUCAGAACCCAACUACUGA